AUGCCCAAACCUGUUUCAAAAACCCAUAAUAGCAACUCUAGCUCCGGAGCCGCCGGGAGAUUCCCAGGGUUUGGUCUCAACGUCGACGACGAUCUAGUUUCAUCUGUGGUUCCUCCGGUUACGGUAGUGCUCGAGGGACGCUCGAUUUGCCAACGCAUUAGCCUAGACAAGCACGGGAGUUAUCAGAGCUUGGCUAUGGCUUUGAGGCAAAUGUUUGUCGAUGGAGCUGAUUUGACUUCGGAGACGGAAGAUCUCGAUCUGUCCAACGCCAUUCCUGGCCAUCUUAUUGCUUAUGAAGACAUGGAGCACGAUCUUCUUCUCGCUGGUGAUCUUACUUGGAAGUAA